AUGAUAGAAUGCCAUCGGGGUCGACCUCAGGAUAGGAUGGCUGGUGGUAAAGAGGAGUUCAAUGCAUUUUUCUACUCCCUUGUGUCUACAGAUACUCAGGAAAUGUACUACUCAACUAAAAGGCAACAGUUUUUAAUUGAUCAAGGUUAUAGCUUUAAGGUAAAACUUUCUAUUGCGUCGCUGAAUUUAGUCUGUGUACAUGCUUACUAG